GAAGUUGAAUGUUUAAAGUCUGGUUAGCUUUCCGUUUGUGGAAGUGUAUGUCUCGGCAGGCGACAACGAAAACUAAUACUCAGCCAGAAUCAAAUAAAUAAAGGAUUAAUCUCGAGUCGCCGCGAGCGUAAGCCUGUAACGCUGCCCACAAUGUCCAGGCAAUCCAACCGAACAACAGACAGCAAAAAGAUGAACUCUGAGCUGUUUACGUUAACUUAUGGGGCCCUGGUGAGCCAGCUCUGUAAAGACUAUGAGAACGACGAGGAAGUCAAUAAACAGUUGGACAAAAUGGGUUAUAACAUCGGAGUGCGUCUGAUAGAAGACUUUCUGGCUCGCUCCAGCGUUGGUCGGUGUCAGGAUUUCCGAGAAACAGCUGAUGUCAUCGCUAAGGUUGCAUUUAAGAUGUAUUUGGGAGUCACCCCAAGCGUAACCAACUGGAGUCCAGCAGGAGACGAAUUCUCCCUCAUCCUAGAGAACAACCCACUGGCUGACUUUGUGGAGCUGCCAGAUAACCACAACACACUAGUCUACUCCAACCUGCUGUGCGGCGCUCUGAGAGGAGCUCUGGAGAUGGUCCAGAUGGCCGUGGAUGUGAAAUUCGCCCAGGACACCCUCAGAGGAGACAGCGUGACAGAAAUUCGCAUGAAGUUCAUCAAACGGAUCGAAGAAAACCUUCCAGCAGGAGACGAGUGACAGAAAGACUUUCCAGAGCCUUUUCUUUUCCAUUUUUACAUUCAUGAAAACAUGGAGGUGACAUCCAACCAGCUCAAAGGGCGGUGAAAGAAAAAUAAAAGUGACGAUGAGAUCCAAAAGUGAUUAAAUCUGUUUCUGCAGCUUGUUUGAGAACGUUGAAUGUCACUGUUUUAGAAAGUAUUCCUCCCCUGUAUGUUUUUGUCACUUUAAGACAUCACUUUUUUUGUUUUGUUUUGAUACAAAUGUGUCGUAUUUGGCAGAAAACUUGAAAGAUUCAUGUUUGUCUUUUUUUUUAUUUUGAAGAACAUUUUUCUUUUACCUUAAGAAUGUAAAUCUGUAUGGCCAUUUAUCUGGCACGUUAAUUUAUGAAUGAAAUUAGAAGUAAAAUCAGCACAUUUAAUGUCA